UGCUAUUUUGAUAAACUCAAUAUGCUUUUCCUUGUUUGGACGCCAGAGGCCACCGUAGAACUGACCCUGACCACUCCAAAUAGUCGAGGGAGAAAAGAAAUAAUCGGGCCGACUGAACCUCCUUCCACCACAGUAAACACUCAUAGCAGUUUGCACAUGGCCAACACUUCGAACAAGCCCUCGGAAGAGGUAGAAGAGGAGGAAAGUGGGGACUCAUUUGAGCUUAACAUAGCUGUCACAAAUCCUGAAAAAAUGGAAUACGCCAUUUGUGUCAACGCCACCAGAGACUGACCCCUCCUCAGACAUCUUUAGCGAAGAAGGGUCGUACUCAGUGCAGAAGCAUACGGCUGCAAAAACCAACGGCGUUCUGUCCGAUGAAGAGCUGGAUUUGUUCGCAGGUAGAACUCCGCCUAAGGUCUAUGAGCAAGGCUGCUUCGCCCUCAGAGGCCACCGUAGAACUGACCCUGACCACUCCAAAUAGUCGAGGGAGAAAAGAAAUAAUCGGGCCGACUGAACCUCCUUCCACCACAGUAAACACUCAUAGCAGUUUGCACAUGGCCAACACUUCGAACAAGCCCUCGGAAGAGGUAGAAGAGGAGGAAAGUGGGGACUCAUUUGAGCUUAACAUAGCUGUCACAAAUCCUGAAAAAAUGGGAGAUGGCAUGAAUGCUUACAUGACCUAUAAAGUGUCCACACAGACUACACUGCCUGUUUUCCACAUUAAAACAUUCUCUGUGCGUCGGAGGUUCAGUGAUUUCCUGGGUCUGUAUGAAAAGCUGUCAGUGAAAUACAAUCUGAUGGGCUGCAUCAUUCCACCCCCACCUCAGAAGAGCGUGGUUGGCAUGACUAAAGUCAAGGUAGGGAAAGAGGAUCCAUCCUCAGCUGAGUUUGUGGAGAAGAGAAGAGCAGCUCUGGAGAGGUAUCUCCAAAGGGUGGUAUCUCACCCAGCGCUGUUACAGGACUCUGAUGUUCAAGAGUUUCUGGAGAGAGAAGAGUUACCUAGGGCAGUGAAUACCCAGGCUCUGAGUGGAUCUGGUCUCCUCAAGAUGAUAAACAAAGCAUCAGACGCUGUGAACAAGAUGACCAUAAAGAUGAAUGAGUCGGAUAACUGGUUUGAGAGCAAGCUGCAGGAGGUGGAGAAUGAGGAGCAGUUGUUGAGGAGGCUCCAUGCUUCAGUUGAUUCGCUGGUUAAUCACAGAAAAGAGUUGUGUAGUAACACUGCCAUGUUUGCCAAGAGUGUGGCGAUGUUGGGCAGUUCGGAGGAGAACUCUGCACUGUCGCGUGCACUGUCCCAGUUAGCAGAGGUGGAGGACAAGCUGGAGCAACUGCAUCAGGAACAGGCCUUCAGUGACUUCUUCAUCCUCACUGAGCUGCUUGCAGACUAUGUACGACUGUUGGGAGCUGUGAGGGGCUGUUUUGAGCAGCGUAUGAAGGCCUGGCAGCGUUGGCAGGAGGCACAGAGCACUCUCCAGAAGAAACGAGAGGCUGAAGCUAAACUGCUCUGGGCCAACAAGCCUGACAAACUACAACAGGCUAAAGAAGACAUCACUGAGUGGGAGGCUAAAGUGGGCCAGUGUGAAAGAGAUUUUGAGCGAAUCAGCUCCACCUUGCGGAAGGAAGUGCACAGAUUUGAGAAAGAGAAGUGCAGAGAUUUCAAACACCACAUAGUGAAAUACCUGGAGUCUCUCCUUCGCUCACAACAUAGGUUGGUGAAGUGCUGGGAAGCGUUCCUUCCGGAGGCUAAAGCCAUCGUGUGAUACCUCUGCCUGAUGAUGUUGCAACUGCCCCCUGUACAUUCCUGACCUCUAAACACCACUACACUCACUCUCUUAACAUGCAAACAUGCACUUACAUAAACACUUAUGCACUGAAGAGGGAAAAUCACUUUCUACCCAUUUAUAUUUGUUCUCAGAACAUUUCAAGUGAUGCUGUUUCAUUCCAGACUUCAUUCAGCUGAAAUUUACAGCUACAGCUCUGGUUGUUCUGCAAUCUCAGCAACAGCAGUAUUGACACUUCCCUAUUGCAUUUUAUUAUUUAUAUCACUCCAUGUUAUUGUAUGCAAGAUACAAUACUUCAUAUUAGCUAAAUGGUUUGUAGGAGUUUUCAAAUAGAAAGAAAUACAAAGAAAAUCACUGGUACUGGCGAACUAAAAUGCAACAAAAACAUGUAAAAGGAUAAGGAUUUCUGAAGCAAAGAUCUAUCAAAGGUCAAUGUUGCAGCUGUAUCAAUCAAUAUGCUGGAAAAUGUUUAGUAUCUCCGCUUGAAUUGGUAUCGUAACCUUCAUGGACAUUGUAUAGCUGUGAGGUCUUGUCUGCCGUCAAAAGUACACGCUAAGAACUUUGGGUUAAAACAUUAGAAUAUACUUUUAAAGAUUUACAUCGGUGUUAACACACCUCAACAAGAGAUAUCAGACCUUCACCCAGUCUAGGGGUACUGGGAGGUAACAUCAGUUGGCACGGCUGUGAGGUGAGCCAGGAAAAGAAGAGAAGUAGACACUGACAAACUCAAUCGGCUGAAUUUUAUUGAGUUAUACUCAAUAUUUAUGUUGCCAUGGGUCAAAGAUGGAAAAAAAGCAUAACAUAAAAGAACAUGUACCUAUGGGAGAAGGACUUGGAUGGUGCCAAUGAAAAGUAAAUAAUAAAACAAAAACAAGCCUAGUGUGUACAUACAUAAGAAGAAUCCUACAAGCAACUGUAGGUGUGCAUACAGACUUGUCUGCCCUGCCUCCCUGUGUCAAAGGUACAAGUUAAAUUAAUAGAAGAAAAAAAGACAUGAACUAAGCUCAUAAUGAAUACAUAAUAAAUGAUCAAGACUAGACCUGAGCAUUUAGCUCCACUUCCACCCUCAUAGUCCCUAUCUCUUCCCCAGUCUCCUCCAUACUGCUCCUCCAGCUGCUUUUAGUGUCACAAGCUCCUCCUUGGGCAGUGAGCAAAGCUCCCAUUGGAGUUUGCUGUGGUAUCCAGGGAAUCUUUAGGAGAACGGAAACACCAGAACAGCCAAAAGCAUGGAGAGACAGAGAAAAGAACACAUACAAGCCCUGUCAUGUAACUAUCUGGUUUAGAAAUGUGGGGAAUCUGCAGGUUAAAGUUUGAAAGUUACUUAGACUGAGCACUGACACUGCUCUUUGACACUAGGUUGUAUGCUCUGUGGAGGAGUCUCGUUUUUGUGAGCAUACGUGUCUGCAGCCUGAGUAACAUUUCUGUUGAACAACCCACAGAAACCCUGGUCAAAAAAAAAAGUUUUGUUUUGCUUUUUCUGCUCUGAAGAUUCACUUUGGCACUGAAUGAAUAGUAAAUGUUGGUGCUGCGUGACGCUGAAGUGUUAAGGCCCAGUGUGGUUUUCUGUGAAGGCACUGCUUUAGCAUUCAGUUAUAGUGACUUAAACUACCGUCAGUGCCACUCUGAAGAACUUUUGCACUUGUUAUGGAUUCUUCUUAAAUUUCCAUACCCUUUUUUCCAAUUCUGCUUUUAACGUCCUCUUAGGGAACUUCAACUCUCAAAUCAGAAGUAUGAUAAAAAAAAGUAUUUUAUUUCUGAGACUUACAAAGAGCUUUGUUUGCCAUUACUCCAUGUUUGAAAAGGGAAUUGCAUCAGAUCGCAGUGAUUUCUGGGCAGCUGACUUGUUCCCUUGGUCCCUUGUCUUCCAAGGGAUCAUCUAUCAACUUUCACUUGAACUACUAUAGUGAUGGAACUGCCCUUAAGAUGGUGUAGAUUCCCCUCAGUGAAAAUGAUGAGAUUGUUGAGGUUAAAGUGGGUGGCAUGUAAUUUAUUUCAAAUGUUCAAAGGCUUACCAUGUAAUUCUGGGAAAAAAAGGCAGUUGAAAUUAGUACUAGAAAAGUGCUGUGUUGAAUCCAUGGAGUAUAGCACAACAAAAGAGUUAGGAUUUUCAAAAAAAAAAAAAAUUUCUGAUAAACUCCCACUUAAUAUGCUAAAGCUUUGAAGGAAGAAGGGAGUAAAUCACAUUUUCUGUGUAAUUCCACAUUUAAUUUACUGCACUUUUCACACAUUUACAUGAAACCUAGUUUCACUGUAAAACAUUAUACACAAUUUAAACAUGUUCAAUCUCCAGAGUAAAGCUGAUGAGAUUAUGGUGUGGAAAUGCAUUUGGGAAGUGGAUGUUUUUGUCCAGGUCGAUGUUUUAUAGCCUGAAGAAGUAGAUGUCCUUUUGUGUUACAACUGGUCUAUACAUUAGGUAUGAAUCAAGCAUUCUUGGACAGCUUUCUAUACACAAAUGAGUCAAGUUUUAGACAGAAAGGGAUUGUCAGUGGAGUAUCCCCACUGAUAUUGUUCUAGCCCAAGAUAUUUGCAUUUGUGUGCAGAAAACUUUAAAAUGUGUGAUAUUGUAUCUAGUAUGAAGUGCAGUGGUCUUACUGACAUUCUCUACUCCACACUUCAGUAACUCCUAACUCAGACUGAAAUAUUUUCAUCAUGAAAUGUUUAGUUUUUUUUUCUCUUUCAAAAAGGUGCUUAAGAAUCUGUGGUGGAAAAUGUGCUAUGACAUUCAUCUGAUGAAUAUCUGAGCCAGCAAUUGAGUGAAAUGUUAGACGAAUAUACAGUGAUAUGCUAUGAUCUUAAGUGUUGUCUUAACUACUAAUCUGAUUAUUAGUGUGUGUGUGUGUUUAAAAGUGCAAAAAACAAACUCCCAUCCCCCACCCUACCUCUUUGAUUAAAAAAUACUUAAUAUGUGAAGUAUGUCAUUACUUUGUCUCUAGCAAAAUCAGUGUGUUGUCAUGAGAUUUAAAUAUUGGACCCCUUUUAUCAAACACUUGAUUAUUUUAUAAAAAUUCUCCUGCCCAUAAGAUGUUUGACAUCCCUAAUAAUGUGCCAUUCAGAUGAAGCAAAGACAAAUUUUAUGACUGUGAGGCAUUAAUCAUUAACCAUUCACGAUCAUACAAACGAAACCACAAA